CGCGACAGCUCCGUGCAGAAAAUGGCCCCGCGGCCGCCCCGCCGCUGAUGCGCGACCCGGGCGGUGCCGGCCCCGCCGCAGCCCCGCCCCGCCGGGAGGAGCCGCCCUGUCCCUGUCCCUGUGCCCGUGCCCAGCUCCGGCCAGGCCAUGAAGACGGAGAAGGACGAGGCCGUGGCCACCUUCUCCCUGCGGGGGAAAUUCGGCACGGAGGGGGCAGGCUGCAGUGAGCCAGCCGUGCCCGGUGCCCCGAUGCCGGUGGCGGGGAGCGGAGGGACCCCGGCCCCGGAGCUGCGGCCGCUGAAGCGCAGACCUGUCCCAGGGAAACACUACCAGUGCUCCAGCUACGGCUGCAAACUGGCCUUCCCCAGCAUGCAGGAGCUGAUGGACCACCUGAAGGUCCACUACAGACCCACGCAGUCCCUCGAGGGCAAAACCUUCCAGUGCCCCACGCUGGGCUGCAGCGAGACCUUCCCCAGCAUGCAGGACCUGAUGGGCCACAUGAAGGUGCACUACAAACCCAACCGCUACUUCAAGUGUGAGAACUGCCUGCUGCGCUUCCGCACGCACCGCUCGCUCUUCAAGCACCUGCACGUCUGCUCGGACAGCGCCAGCGGCCCCGCGCCGCCCCCCCGGCCGGUGCUGCCCCCCGCUACCUCCAGCCCGCACAAGGAGCCCCCGGCCAAGCCCCCCGAGGCGCUGCCCAAGCCGCCGGCUGCGACCCCCGGAGAAGGAAGCGCCGGCGCGGGCGCGGACUCAGCCCCGGCGGCGCUGCCCGGCUCGCUGGAGCCGCUGCUCCCGGGGACCCCGCACCCCUUCCCGCUGCUGGAGCCCGCCCUGUUCGGGCCCUCGUCCUUGACUCGCUUCUCGGGGCCAGCCCCGUCCUCGGUGCCGGGGCCGUUCCUGUCCUACGUGCCCCCCUCGCCCUACGGGCUGGCGCAGCCCCCGGCUCAGCACCGCCUGCGGCCCUUCCUGCCGGGCCACGGCCCCCCCAGCGUCUCCAACGCCGUCUGGAAGAAAAGCCAAGGUGUGAGUGUCAGCCCACUCCUCCCAUGCUUUGGCUCAGGAGUGACUCCAGGGCACUCCUCCGCCAGCCGCAUCGUCUGGGAGCACACGCGGGGCCGCUACAGCUGCACGCAGUGCCCCUUCUCCACCGCCUCCCGCGACGAGAUGACCCUGCACACCGAGGACCACCGCAAGAACCCCCCGCCCGGGCGCCUGGAGGCAGAGAUGGAUUUCGGGGUGGGGCUGGCCCCGUUCCACGCCAAGUUGCCGCCGGAGAUGGAGAACUCCCUGUACUCCCAGCUCUGAUGCCCUCGGCUCCCAAGGGACUCCUGCACCUCCCCUGAGCCGGGCAGGGGCACAGCACAGCCCCGAGCUGGGACAGGAGCAGCAGCAGGGCCGAUGUUUCCCCUGGAAUUUCCUCUCCCCUUCCUUUGUAUUUUCGGGAGCUCUCCAGCAGCCGGAGCCGCUGUUCCUCCCUCCCUGAAAGGUUUUGUUGCUUCAGCCCCGAGGGCUCUGCAGGGAGCCCGGUAGGUUCUCAGGAGUUAGUGGACUGCUCUGGAACGAGAUCUCGGAAAAAUAAAUGGGAAUUGUACAGGAGUGGCAGCCGGGAGAGGCUCUGUCAGUCCCUGGGGCAGGGGGAGCGGGGCUGGCACUGAGAGCCCCCAAAAACCAAAG